UUCGGAACCGAACUGAAAGCCGGACACACAACAGGAAGCGGAGAAAAGCAGGAACAGAGCAAUGGCUCGAGAGCCCUGGUUAAUGAAAUAUGACUCCACCUGCCAUCUAGCACAAGAGAUUGCUGAAAAUAUCCAUGAACGUAAUAGACAGAAGAGAACGGGAGGUAAUCCUCCAAAGCUGAAUGUGACGAUUCGGACAUCUCUACAGAGGCUCGAAGAACAGAUUAGCCGGCUGAAGGAUUCUUUGUUGCGAAGUUUGUCAACACGGCAGAUUACACAGUUUGAAGCAGACAGGCGUCAAAAUUUAAUGGACGAUUUGUUAACGAGAGAGCGACAACUUCAAACAUCCUUCAAGAACGAUGGCACAGAGCCUGAUCUGAUGAGGUCUAGCCUUAUGACUGGGAAUCAAAGGACUGGUCAUGUCAAUCCUUGGUUAGUGGAAGAGUCAGAGGAGACGAAGGGGCUUGAUUUUUGUGAAAUCAAACAUCAACAGCAGAGGAUCAUACAAGAGCAAGAUGCAGGCUUGGAUGCUCUGGCAACAGUGCUAGCCAGACAAAAACAGAUGGGUCAAGAUAUUGGAAAUGAACUAGAUGAACAAAAUGAAAUCAUUGACGACUUGACACAUUUAGUGGAUAAAACUGAUUCCAGGAUUCAGAAUGAAACAAGACGAGUCAAAUUGGUUGAUAAGAAGUCAGCUUCAUGUGGAAUGCUGGUGGUUAUUGUAUUGCUGCUGAUUGCCAUUGUUGUGGUUGCUGUCUGGCCAACAAGCUAACGAAGCAAUGCUAGCACAAAACUACUGUCUUGGUGGUGAAUAUGGAUUGGAUGCUAAGACUGAAAAAUGAGUAGCAUGUUCUUCCUGAAAUCACUGGGACAAGAUUCAAAUAAGUAUCCCUAAUGAAGCAAUAGAAUAUGCUUUAUUGUGUUUAAUGUAUUAUUCUACGAUUAUCUGACACUCGCGAAAAAUUGAAUUCAUCAAGAUCAAAACAAAACUCAAUUAUUCAGCUCCUUAUAGUACAAUUUCUAUUCCUGAUUUAAUUUUCAGCCUUAAAUUCAGAAACGAAGGUUGUAACUUCCUGAGUUGCUGGGGUAAUGUAGCAUCUGAGGCCUGGAACUAAUAGCUCCUAGUUAUCUUAGAAUUCAGAGCAUUUCCCUCUCAAAGUUCCUCAAUCUGCAUGUACAUAUAUUUUUCUCUUUAUAAGGAUUGAGGAACGCUCCAAAUUUCAGCUGUUUAUAUUUUGGCUUAGCUUUGGCAAGGGGCACAUUGUAUAUAAGUUAAAUGCAGGAAAAUGUUUAAAUUAAAUAAAUUACAUUUUAGACUUGUUCUAAACAAUGAACUAGUAGCAUGCUUAAAGCUGUUUUACAUUGUUUUGUUGCUUUCAUUCUCCCAUUCUUUUUGCUGUAUUUCUGAUUAUAAUUUUAUUUUUAUUUAAAUGAGGUGGACAUGAUCACGUAAGAUCAUCAAAACAAUCCUGUUAAAUAAGUUAGUUUCUACUGGCUCACACUAUUACUCUGCUUUCCCAGGGAAAAUGCUUUUCUCAUUGCUUGUGGGGUCAGUGAAGGGGCUGUUGGUAGGGCACAGGGAGUGUGUGCUAUCUCACUGCCUGUAAACAGUGUUACUGUUCACACGCCUUCGUGAAAUUGAAACUUGGAACAAAUUGCUUCAGUGUGGAAAGUCCAAUCUAAUAGAACAUUAAUUACAAACCAUUUCUCGAUAAUUUGGUGACUUUUUAUUGUCUUCACUUACAUUAUUAUGCAUUCAAUUUUUAUAAGCAUUUAGUAAAAGCAUUUGCAAUAUUGGUCUAUAAAUAAAUAUUUUUCAACUCUU